GGGUUGUGGCGCGCGGAGUGGCUCCUGUUCGUAAAUAGGCGGGCCAGGGCCCAGGCGCCGCCAGGCUGGGGCGACCCGCAGGCAAGGCCUACGCUGCACGCUUCCUAAUCGAUCACGCAGCAGCCUCCAGCGCCGGAGUGCUCGAGAGCUCGUUCCUGCCCCGGCUCUCCAGGCUCGCAGUUACGGAAAAGCCAAGCUCAGGUGCCGCACGUCUCCGCCGCCUCAAGCCCACGCGGGUCGCCCACCGACAAGGGCCGCUCGGGCCUUCCCCUCAACGCGUCCGCGCCGGCCGCUGACUUCCCCCACCUCUCGGGUCCUGUAGGCGGCCCCGCCUCCCCCCUGUAGGCGGCGCUGGCUCCGAGCGGCGCUGCGUAGAGCUCACCCCCGGCGGCCGCGCCAGGGCCCGGCUGCCAGGCAGCAGACAAAUACUGAGCUUCAUCACCAUGCCUGUCCUGGCAGCAGAACCUACAGUCUUCUUGCUUCCCCACAGGAAAAGCUUGUGACUUCCAGUUCCCUCAGAAGAAUGAGCAGUGUCUAUGCCCUGGCCUUACUUACGUGGCUGUGCUGGGUCACUAACAGUACCUGCAACUCUAGUUGCUACUGUUUUGCAAUUGUAACGGAAAAGAAAAGUUAAAUGUCUUCAGAAGAUAAGGAAGCUCAGGAGGAUGAGCUGCUGGCUCUAGCUAGUAUUUAUGAUGAAGAUGAAUUUAAGAGGGUAGACUCUGCCCAAGGAGGAGAAACAAGAAUUUGUCUGGAGUUGCCCCAAAACUUCAAAAUAUUUGUGAGUGGAAGUCCCACAGAGUGUCUCCAGAACAGUGGAUUUGAAUAUACAAUUUGCUUUCUGCCUCCACUUGUGUUGAAUUUUGAACUCCCACCAGAUUACCCAUCAGUCUCUCCACCUGUGUUCACACUCAGCAGCAAGUGGCUCUCCCGGGCUCAGCUUACUGCACUUUGCAAGCACUUAGACAACUUGUGGGAAGAGAACCGAGGCUGUGUGGUCUUGUUUGCCUGGAUGCAAUUUCUUAAGGAAGAAACACUAGCUUACCUGAACAUCACCUCCCCAUAUGAACUAAAAAUGUGCCAUCAAGAAGAUGGGCAGAGCAGGACAUCUCUGUUUCCUGUGAACUCUGAGCUGGAUUGUUGUGGCGCAGCAGGUGCUGCAACAGCACAAGAAGAAAUCCUUGAUGAAAGAGCUGUACAGGAUGUGGAGUCUCUGUCAAGUCUGAUAAGGGAAAUCUUGGACUUUGAUCAGGCUCAGCAGAAAAAAUGCUUUAACAGUAAGAUGUUCUUUUGCAGCAUCUGCUUUUCUGAGAAGCUGGGUAGUGAAUGUAUGUACUUCAUGGAGUGCAGGCAUAUAUACUGCAAAUCCUGUUUAAAGGACUACUUUGAAAUUCAGAUCAGGGAUGGCCAGGUCCACUGCCUCAGCUGUCCAGAACCAAAGUGUUCUUCUGUUGCUACUCCUGGCCAGGUUAAGGAACUGGUUGGAGAGGAGUUGUUUGCACGUUAUGACCGCCUACUUCUGCAGUCCAGCUUGGACUUGAUGACAGACGUGGUAUAUUGUCCUCGUCCAUGCUGUCAGACUCCAGUGAUGCAAGAGCCAGGUUGCACCAUGGGCAUAUGUUCCCGUUGCAACUAUGCCUUCUGUACCCUCUGUAAAAUGACUUAUCAUGGAGUCUCUCUAUGUAAAAUCACUGCAGAAAAGCUAAUGGAUUUGCGUAAUGAGUACCAAGAAGCAGAUGAGGCCACUAAAAUAUUUUUGGAGCAGCGCUAUGGCAAAAGAGUGAUUCAGAAAGCCCUUGAGGAGAUGGAAAGUAGAGAAUGGCUAGAAAAGAACUCAAAGGCCUGCCCUUGUUGUGGCACUCCUAUAGAGAAACUAGAUGGUUGUAACAAGAUGACAUGCACUGGCUGCAGCCAGCACUUCUGCUGGCUUUGUAUGGGUUCUCUGUCUAGGGUGAACCCAUAUAAGCACUUCAAUGAUACAUCCUCCCCUUGCUUUAACCGGUUGUUUCAAGCUGUGAAUGUUGAUGGUGACUUCUGGGCUGCUGAAGAUGAAGACUAGUUAUGUUCUGCAUCACCUAAAGCUGAAGAAACCAGAAAUGAAUCUUUUCCACUUGUGUCAAGUUUGUUGCUUUCAUAUAAGAGUGGUAACACUUCACACUGCAGGCUGCUUACACAACCAUUUGGAUGCUGUCGCCACAAACAGAAGAGCCUAUUUUCCUCCUCUUCUGGUUGUUUAAGUCCCUUACGUACAUAUCCAGUGCUAAAUAGAGUGAACAAACUGUCAUCCAAAGGCUUAAAAAAUAGUCGAGAAAACUCUAAAUACCAUAAUGUGCCCCUUUUUCUGAAACAUAUCCUAGAAAUCUCUGUUUGGGAAUUUCUCCAGGAAGUUUGGCCUUGCAAGGAUCUCUGGAUUCCAUCCUGCAUACUUUGCAGUAAUCUUUCCUAUUGCUGAGGUGGGCUAGAUGUGCUCUCCCUAGAGCCCUUUGGUGAAGCUGCUUGUGUCCAUUGCAGGAAGGCUCAUUAAAUGUAGCAUAAUAAUUUCUCCCCUCCCUUAGAGACUGAACCAGUUGCUUUCAUAGCAUUUCCUGACCUGGAUCCAAACUGAUUUUUCUGUGGUGGCUCACUGCUCUAGCACUGACACACUUUACUGGGGUGGUAGAGGUUUAUAAACUGCAGAAUUUAUGCACCCCAUUCCUUCUCUUCCUCCCUCUUCUCCCCCCAGUGGAUCUAAUGCCUGGGUCCCGUGUAGAAAACAUUUCCUAUCAUAUUUUUUUAUUCAGUUUCAGUAAUUUAAUUUCCAUGUUGCUAUCAUAUCUUAACAGGGAAGGAAUUUAUAUGGUCUGGUGAUUAUUUUCAUAAUGAUGGAUAUUAAAACAGUCUGUGUGCCCAAUCUGUGAAAUUCUGUGCAGUGUUUCUUGACUCAAAUAUUAAUGAGGUGCUUAAAUAAAAGAAAAGCGACCUCAGACACUGAACUGACUUAAAUCCCUUAACUGCAUGUUUUUCCUUCCCAAUUUCUAGUUGUUAAAAAUUUUUGUGAAAUGAUGUCCUUUAGCCAAAGACCUCUAGUCUAGAUAAAUGGCUGGGACUAAUGUAUGGCCCUCCAACUGAACUAGCUCACUCAUUCAUGCUGUCAUUAUACUUCUAAAUAAUAAGUUAUUGGAAAAACAAAUCUCCCUACCCUGUAGUUUUACAAGCAGUCUCAAAUAUGAGAACAGUGCUUGGAUUACAUUUUUAGAAAUCCUUUUCAUCUGUAAAAUGGGCUAGAAAACAGUUGCUUUGAUUUUCUUUUAAUGAGAAAUAUACUUUGUUCAAAAUAAGACAGCAGGGCCUGAAUGGCUCAGGAGCUAGGUAAUGAUACAGAGAGUCAAGGUCAAUUCUUCAUAUGCAGCUUUGGUUGUUAGUAAAUAAAUCUUUACUCAGAUGUCUGUUUAGCUGAAUUGAGUAAAUGGUUUUAGUCCAUUUCUGGAAGGGACAAAGAUUCGUUACAACUCACUAUCAUGCUUGGUAGCUUGAGAGAUCAAAGAUAGGAUACACAUGGAGACAGAUUCCCUGUGCCUAGAACUGGUCCACCUUAAUCUUGAUUGAGGUGGGUAGGGGAAGCUUGCCCACUCCUGUGUGUGGAUUGUUUAAUUUGCAUUCCAGCACCUUUCACAUGCACUAACUUCACUUUUUAAAAGUAAACUCAAUUGUCUUCACAGUUGUGUCCAUUAUGGGAUGCAUAUCAGGACAUAGAAAGUCACUCUGGGAUAUAAUAAUAAUCUGCUUCUAGGCAACAACUGUGAUGAUCGCUUCAGCUGGUAAACUAGUUUAGCUGUUUGUAGUAAUCAUGUACAUUAAAAUGGUAGUGCCUAGCCCUGGUGCAUAUCAUGCAAAGUGUUAGGAUAGGAUUUCCUAGAUUUUCACCUGUUCACAAAAAACUAAACCCACACUGCAGGAUUUUCCUUCUAAAAUAUUUUGUUUGGGUAGACUGUUUGCUAGCUCUGUAUUCUUUUGUUCUGAUAACUGUUUAAAUACAAUGAUCAAGAAUUCAAACUGUAAAGUUAAUUCAGGUAGAAGUUUCCUAUUUAAGCACUAUUUCUGGAAUGUCCUUGUUUAUAAUUCAAAACAGUUUUUAAAAACUCGUCCUAAUGCAUACCAAGUAUUUGCAGGGAAGGAUUAUGCAUACUGACUGGAUAAAGUGUCUGCCUCCUAAUCUCUCUCAAUCUGUGUUAGCUUUGCAAAGCAUUAUUUGCGGAAAUAGCCAUGAGAUGUUAUGCAGUAAAAAGGCUGGUAAGUUUUUAUCCUUUAAAAUAGUGUUUAAUGGUUCAAAAGAGCCCUGUUCCUUCAGCUUCGUAAAAAGGAUGUAAAUCUAUAUUACCACGAAUGAAUGUAAGAUGGAGAUAAAUAAAUGUUGUUUAAAAAUUUA